GCUGCUGCGGCGGCGUGGGGCUCGGGGGCUGGCUAGAUCUCAUCCCCACAGGCAGCAGCAGUUCUCCUCUCUGGAUGACAAACCCCAGUUCCCAGGGGCCUCGGCGGAGUUUAUAGACAAGCUUGAAUUCAUCCAGCCCAAUGUCAUCUCUGGGAUCCCCAUCUACCGUGUCAUGGACCGGCAGGGCCAGAUCAUCAAUCCCAGUGAGGAUCCACAGCUGCCGCAGGAGAAGGUCCUGAAGUUCUACAAGAGCAUGACGCUGCUCAACACCAUGGACCGCAUCCUCUACGAGUCCCAGCGGCAGGGCCGGAUCUCCUUCUACAUGACCAACUAUGGCGAGGAGGGCACGCAUGUGGGGAGCGCAGCCGCCCUGGACAACACGGACUUGGUGUUCGGCCAGUACCGGGAGGCAGGUGUGCUGAUGUACCGUGACUACCCCCUGGAACUCUUCAUGGCUCAGUGCUAUGGCAACGUGAACGACCUGGGCAAGGGGCGCCAGAUGCCUGUCCACUACGGCUGCAAAGAGCGCCACUUUGUCACCAUCUCCUCUCCACUGGCCACUCAGAUCCCUCAGGCGGUGGGGGCAGCCUACGCGGCCAAGCGGGCCAACACCAACAGGAUCGUCAUCUGUUACUUUGGCGAGGGGGCAGCCAGCGAGGGGGAUGCCCACGCCGGCUUCAACUUUGCUGCCACGCUUGAGUGCCCCAUCAUCUUCUUCUGCCGGAACAACGGCUAUGCUAUCUCCACGCCUACCUCGGAGCAGUACCGUGGGGAUGGCAUUGCUGCACGAGGCCCGGGCUAUGGCAUCAUGUCCAUCCGUGUGGAUGGCAACGACGUGUUCGCCGUGUACAACGCCACGAAGGAGGCCCGGCGGCGCGCUGUGGCGGAGAACCAGCCCUUCCUCAUCGAGGCCAUGACCUACAGGAUCGGGCACCACAGCACCAGUGAUGACAGCUCGGCGUACCGCUCGGUGGACGAGGUCAAUUACUGGGACAAACAGGACCAUCCCAUCUCACGGCUGAGGCACUACCUGCUGAGCCGCGGCUGGUGGGACGAGGAGCAGGAGAAGGCCUGGAGGAAGCAGUCCCGCAAGAAGGUGAUGGAGGCCUUUGAGCAGGCCGAGCGGAAGCCGAAGCCCAACCCCAACCUGCUCUUCUCGGACGUGUACCAGGAGAUGCCCGCCCAGCUCCGCAAGCAGCAGGAGUCCCUGGCCCGGCACCUCCAGACAUACGGGGAACACUACCCCUUGGACCACUUCGACAAGUGAGGCCUGUUGCCCCAGUGCCCCUGCAACCACCUCAGGGGAAGCCCUGCUCUCAGGGGAAGAGGGAGAGCUGACUGGACACCACCACCUCCCCCUCAGCCAGCUCCCCGAAAACACUCGGGCCAGUGCAGUGCCCGAGACUGUAUGGGUGCGGCUCUGCUUCCCGUCCCUGCUCCUCCAGGCUGUAGAUUUUGGGGGCACUAUUUGCGUGCCUUCUCUGGGACCUGGGGUGGGCGUGGCAGGUCAGCCUCUGGGAGUUGCUCAGUGAGAGCCGGUCAGCAGAGACAGUGAAUAAACGGUGUCUCUCCGUGUGGCUCUGUA